UUUAACAGUUAAGAAAGUUGCUGACAAAUUAUUUUAGCUUGUGAAAUUAAUUUUGAUUAUUAGUGAUUAAAAUCAUUAUUUUCUAAAAUUCUAUCUGUAUAAUUUAUUUGUUUUUUAAUCAAAUAGUAUAAUUAUAUGGAACUAUAAGAUGGAGAAUCCAGAAUAAAAUUGGUUAGAAUACUUUACAGUUCACAGUGUGCUAUUAAAAUGACAGAACAAGUUGAAGUCAAUGAAAAUCCAGUUUCAAAUGAUCAUGAAUCACCACAAGUAAUAAAACCUUCUAAUUCCUUACAAGAGUAUCAAAUUGAAAGUUUGGAGACUCAAGCAAGUAGUCCAAUGUUUUUACGGCCUUCAUUAUUACCAUCCUCAUCCUCAUUUAGAUUUGAUUUAAAUCUUAAAAAACCAGAUACUCCUAGACCUUCAAAAACAUUCUCGUUAAAUCCAUCUCGACUUAGUUUGAAUUCAUCAAUAUCAAAUUCUAAACCUUCAAGUGCUGCAAAUAUAUCUAUUCAAAAAGAUCCUGAUAACAACAGUGUGUUAGCUUUGUCCAAAAAUGAAGUAUCUUUGCAAUCUCCUCCUGCAGUUUUUGGUGCAGUUAUACAAAAAAGUAGGACUCAAAAACCAGAUAAAGUAUCAUUAGUUAGUGAUUUUGUAUUUGGUCAAAACCUUCAUGAGCGUGUAGAAUUAAACAAAGAGGUUGAUUCGACUUCUGAAGAUGACAAAAAAACGAAUAAAACUCAGGAAGCUGAGGUUUCAUCAUCUUCCAAUAUAGUAUCACCAACAUUUGAAAAUUUAAAAAAUGAAGAACAUGGAGAAAAUGGUAAAUUAGAUGAAUCAGCAGAAGAUUCUAAAAGGAGAUUAAUUGAAGCUGCGAAGGAGUAUGAAGAAUCACGAGCAACAAAACGAAAAUAUGAUGAAGUAGAUUGUAUGACUGGAGAAGAAAACGAUAUGAAUGUUUUCCAAUUAAAUUUGUGUAAACUAUAUAUGUAUGAUAAUGCAAAAUCCAACUGGGUUGAAAAAGGUCGUGGACAACUUCGUGUUAAUGAUAUGGAUAAUGGAAAAUCAUCACGAGUAGUCAUGAGAAAUAAUGGAAACUUAAAAGUUAUUCUGAACACAAAAAUUUGGUCUGACAUGAAAGUUGAAAAAGUAAAUGAAAAAAAUGUGAGAUUGACAGCUUUUGAAGAGGAUUCAAUAAAAGUAUUCCUUAUUCUAGGCCCCGUCAAAAGUAUGAAUGAAUUUAUAAAUAUACUUCAAGUACGUAUUGCAAGGCAUAAAGAAGCUAACAAGAUGAAUAGUAAUUUAGAAAUAGAUGACAAAAAAGUAGUACAAUUAAAUGAAGAAGAGGGUACAUUACUGUAAUAUUAAAAAAAAUCCUACGUUCAACAUAUAUUUCAAUGAAAAAUCAGUUAUUGAACAACAUUUUUUUUAUUACUUUGUUUUUUUUUAUAUAAAAAAAAAAAAUUUGUCUUCUCUUAUAUCAUAAAAUAAAAUAGCAUAUUUUUGUAAAAUGCUUGACAUUGAUUUAUAAUACUUUAUUUUUCAUGUCUUGUUCAAAUUAAAACUUUUGAAGGAAAAAAAAAUAUAUUUUUAAUCAUUUCUUUGGAAAUGUUUGUUUAAUAAAUUUCAAAACCUGUAGAAAGUAUAUAAUACAUUUCUUAAUUUAUUGGAUUCUAAGUUUAAAUAUUAAAAUAUACUUAUUGAUAUUUCAUUUGUCACAUUAAUCCAUUUUAAAAUAUUUUUAGCUAAAAAAAUAAUUUAAGCUAUAACAUUUUAGAAAAAACUAAUCUUGACUGUAUUUUAAGAAGAUUCAUGUUCAAAUAAAUAAUAAUAAUUUUUUUAUUAUUAAAACUAUAAACAAUAUUCUUUCUAUGUCUAAUUUUUUUAAGAAUGUAAAAAAAAAAUUAUAAAUAUAAUAAUAAAGCAAAAAUACACUUUUAAAUUAAUAAAAUAAAAUAAUUGUUCAUCAAAUGGAUUAAGGUGAUAUGAAGUAAAUGUGUUUAUUGCAUAUUUGGAUGUGAUUUUUGAAUAUUCACUACCAGAUAUUUCUUUGAAGAAUUAUGUUAUGCUCUCUUGACUGUUCAAAUUUUUUAGCUUGUAGCCCAGUUAAAUAUUAAGUUAAGUAUUGUAUGA